GUGGGCCAAGUUAACACAUGUACAUUGUACUCUUUUGUUGACGUAGCUGAUUAUUCUGAGGCUGUUUGUGUGCUAACCAAUAGAACAGCUGUGUAAUAAAUAUACCUUAAAUAACAUGUGUCUGUGUCUUUGCUUAAAAUGUGUGUUUCGUUAGGUAAUUUCAUAAAAUUUUGAUCUUUUAGCAAAUGCAAAACAGACAAAACAAGAGGAACACAAAUUAUUCUAUAUAUAUAGAGAGAGAGUCUAGUAACUUCACAUGUGUUGACUAUUCUCUAGGUUAAUUAAAGGAGAAAGUGAGAUCGAUGAGUACCUCCAUUUUAGCUUGUUUCAAACCAAAUAGCACUGACGCUAGAGUAUCCAAACUCAAGAAAGGUAUAAAAAAAUCUGAAUCUAAAUGCCCUAAAAAAGAUAACCACAAAAGUGUUUAUAGAAAACGUUUGUUACAUUUUAAUGGAGAUGUUACAGACAAUUUCGUCAUAGAUGAAAGGAUUGUAACUUGUAUUCAAACUAUAGGAAAACUGACUGGAAUGAUUACCGUAAAUAGUUUCCCAGGAACUUGUUUCUUACAGAAAAUACGCCGAUUAAAAAGCGAAGCAGGGGAAAGUACAGGCAGAGCAGUUUUUACCUUCACUACGGUUUAUCAUGUCUUUGGUGUUCGAGACGAUGAAGUGUAUAAGUUAGUAUCCGAAUGGAAAGAGCUUAAGGUUAAAGUGGUUUUGUUUUAUGAAACUGUGGACGAUUUUUAUAAUGGAAAGAGAUGUCCACGGUUGAAAGAUUUUCGGCUGCUUGAGACGGACAAAGAAGAAGAAAUUCAGAAUGACUGGUGCGCCAUUGAAUGUGAAGUGGACUGUGGCCGAGUUUGUGAGAUCGAUGGAGACGAGAAAAACAUGGUCGACACACUGGAGGCUUAUUUAGAAGACUAUAAAACACAACAGAAAGAAAUCUACGACCUUAUUAAAAAUAAUACAAUCAGCACUGAUAAUCUAGUUGUCAUAGUUGGCCAUCCUCAUGGUGGACCUAAACAUGUCAGCGUGGGUCGACACUACCCAAUUUUGAAAGAUGAGCCCAAAAAAGUUAGGAGCAGUCAGCUUUGGUGCCGGUAUUACUAUGACGCCCCCACUUGUGAAGGCAACAGUGGAUCUCCUGUAUUCAUACCUGGUCAACCGAUUGCCGGAUUUGGUUUUUGGUUCGGACAUCAGCACAACCAUAAAAGUAAAGUUUCCUGGGAUCCAAGUGAUGUGCAAGAUGCCGCUAAAUAUGAAAUAGCGAGAACUGUAAAUCCUGACAUUAAGUUUUUAGGAAUGAGCUCCAUAGGUGUUGAACAAUGUUAACCCUUGUGGUCUCUGUGAAACUCACCCCAGAAGCAAUGUAAGUGCACAAACAGAGAACCAAAUCUAGGAAGUCAUAAAACCAUGUAAAAGUGAAGACAACAUUAAAGACCAUUGAGUUUAAAUUAGAAGGUACAGAAGGCUACAUUACAAACCGCUGAAACCCAUGUUAUUAACAAGGAACAUAUUUGUUUUUAAAGGCGAUUCCAACUUCAUUAGCUGAUGACUUUUUGUAAGAGUGAUUAGGGCCUACUUUACUCAUAAUAACUAAUAAACGAUAUAUAAAACAACAUUACAAAUAGAGUUUGUGUUAUCAUACAUACUCAGAUGCGGCCCCCAUCGGAUCCGAUAAAGGGCAAGACAUUCAAGACAUGAUUCUCUUUAAAUUGUCUAAACUCGAAAGUAAUGACAUUUCAAAGAAUCCUUUAGCAUUGCUUUUUACUUAAAAAC